AUGGUGCCGCGUAGUUGUGGCGCUUGGCGUUUGGGAGUGCUGCUGUGGCGCGGGGGCCUCUCCCACGGAGUGAGACCAGCGGCGAGUGCGGGGUCCCGGCCUGGCUUGCUGGCCAAGCAGCGGCUUUCUUCGUGCCCGCCUCUCGGCAUUGCCUACCUGGCAGAUGGCCUCGCACGCGGCCUGCACGGCGGGACCCGGCUGGAGGAGCAGGCAGAAGGUGUAGCUGACGAGGGACGCCUGGAGUCCAACGCAGCAGAACAUACUGGUCCCAAGUUUGACAUAGAUAUGCUAAUCUCACUUCUGAGACAAGAAAAUGCAAGAGAUAUUUGUGUCAUCAAGGUUCCUCCAGAGAUGAAAUACACAGAUUACUUUGUGAUUGGGAGUGGAACUUCUACCCGACACUUACAUGCAAUGGCCUACUACAUUGUGAAAAUGUACAAAUAUCUGAAGUGUAAAAGUGACCCCCAUGUUAAAAUAGAAGGGAAGGACACUGAUGACUGGCUGUGUGUGGAUUUUGGUAGCAUGGUGAUUCAUUUGAUGCUUCCAGAAACCAGAGAAACGUAUGAAUUAGAGAAAUUAUGGACUCUGCGUUCUUAUGAUGACCAGUUAGCUCAGAUAGCACCUGAGACAUUACCUGAAGACUUCAUUCUUGGAAUAGAAGACAACACUGCAUCUCUGACUCCAAUGGAGUUCAAGUGUGAAUAA